AUGGAUCACACAUACACCAUUGAAUUCGACCAACCAAAUGCAAUAUACGUACCAGGACAACUUGUUCGGGGUACCCUCACCAUAUACAAUACGUGUGCAUUGAAUGCACUUUCUCUGAAAAUUUGUAUUCACGGAGAGGUAGAAACAUUCUGGAAAAAGUUUGCGAGUAAGGACAGAGUAAAAAAAGCGUACCCCAACGACAACACCCACGGAGGUCAUAGGUCCCACGGCCACUAUUACAAAUACUCUGAUCACAUCAGAUACACUUCUAAGCUCAAUGUGCUCACAGCUGUUUCUCAACCAUGGAGCUCUAUUCAGAAUCCGACCAAUAAAAUCCCAAUCGGAGCUAACAUCUUCCCAUUUGUGUUCCAACUUCCAGUCAACUGUCCCCCAAGUUUCGAAGGCACUCACGGAAGUGUACGGUAUCAUGUACACGUGGAAUUAAAUAGGCCAUGGAGUCUAGAUGUGGAGGCGAAGAGAUCAUUUACAGUAAUCCCAAUAAUCGACUUGAAUAUGAUACCAAAAGUUCUGAACCCAAUGAUCAGCAAUGCUUGCAAACAUUCUGGUUUUCUGUCGAGUAAAGAAGUGAAAAUAAAGUUCUCGAUCCCCAAAAGCGGCUACACUCCGGGAGAAGUCAUUCCAAUCUCAAUUUUCAUUCACAAUCACGCGAAGAAACCAAUCUAUUACGCAAAGGCAAAACUAAUGCAACACGUUCACUACCAGGCUCAACAAGAGAACACUCACAUGCUUCCUGACGAGCAUUGCCACAAACAUUGUGAGCACAAAACAGCAGAAUCAGUGAUCUCAGAAAUGGAGAAAAGUUUUGAGAUCAAGUGUUGCUCAGAGGGAGAAGUACAGCUUGCCCUCGUCUUGCCGAACCCUUUGAAGCCAACUUUCCAAACUGCUAUCCUUGAAGUGGACUACUGUAUCAUUGUGGAGGUUGAGGAGGAUAAGAAAUUGAGAUGCGAGUUUCCAGUGAUUAUUGGCACGGUGCCAAUUGGACGGGUUAUGGGAUUGUCCAGAGCUCCGACGUAUUCUAUAGUAGAGGGUGAUAUUCCAUUGGUGUUUGAGGCACCACCAGAGUAUCAGGAACGAGUGGAAGUGGUUAUGGCUAGUGCGCCUCCGGCGGAGUGA